UUAUAGAUAAUAAGAGAUACACAACCUUUUUCAUCAUGAAAAUCGACUAUUUUCUGUUUGAGACGUUUCGUCUUUAUUCAAAAGACAUCCUCAGUCAAAUGUGACAGACGAAAGUUGGUUAAAAUAGCGUUUCAUGAUGAAAAAGGUUGUGUAUCUCUUAUUAUCUAUAUUGAAAUUCUUCACCUUACAAAAUGACUUAAUUUACAUCAAUUUCGCCAGUUAAAAUGAACUAAAGUUAAUUUCUACCCUAACGUGACCAAAACCACAGUUUGAUAUUUGAUUUCAGAACGUUUUAUCUGUUUUGAAAUGACGUUAGGUAUCUGCCAUAACUUUGUAUAAUUUAAUAUCGCGGGUAACAUGUUAAAUACUAGUUCUAUAGCUAGCAAGACGAUUAUACGCAAGGCUGUGUUAUUCUGUUAAUCCUACUCGCCGAAUCAUUAGACCUCUAACUGUAGAAGUACAAUAUUAGAUCAUCACUAGAAUUGUUAUAUAACAAUUAUGUAUAAGUUCAAAAUGUUCUGAGUAUUAUGUAGCUAUUAUCUAUGUGAGAAAAGACAACGAAAGCGUGUUUUUUCUACACAACUUUAUUUCAUUCUCAUUUUACAAGUUAUCAGAGCAAGACAACUUCAUCAACUUAUUCAUUAAUUUUUUUCUCUCUUUUAGGUGGUGGUAAAUCAUACCAUAUAGAUCGAUUUAUAAAUGCUGCCAGUUUUGUUGCUGAUGUAUUUGAAGAUCUACAAUUGCAAAAAAUAUUUCGAUAUCCAGCCGCUGAAGCAGUCGAUGAUCAAACCCACCUAGAAAAUCGUUCAACAACAAAUAUAAUAGUCAUUGAUACAGAUAAACAAAAAAUAUAUAAGACAUCAUCACCCUAUAAAAUAAGUGAAUCAGCUACAGAACUACGUAUCACUGAUCGCUGA